AUGUAUAACUUUUGGAAUUCACGAAUACGACUUGCAUACAUUUCAUGCUUGCUAAUACUUCUAAAGAUUAGUUUCGUUCAAUUGCGUAUUUAUCUGAAGAAUUCCAAAAUUGAACUAUAUCAAACAAAAAAUGGUAAUAAUAAUGAUGAAAAUGAUGAAGGAAGAAGUUUCACUGAUGAUAUGGAUUACGCAUUGGAAACAAUGCAGUAUAUGUAUGAUCUUAAAAUUGGCAAGGCUGAAAUUCGACCAGUAGUUGAAGAAGCAAAAAAAGUAAGGGAAUAUUGGUGGCGUUGCCAUCUGAAAAUGCCCACAGCGGUGAGAGAAAACGACUGGUUCCAAAACGAUGAUCUCUAUGUAUAUUCAGCAACAUAUGAUCGGCGACUUAGUUCACUUUACCCGGACAAUCAUGUUAUACAGAUGUUGACUAUGUCAUUUCGAUCCAUUCCGUCAACAGAUAAAAUAUUCUGUAACCUAUAUGAUAUGGUUUACGAAAAACAUAUUGUUAUCGAGGGGACGAUUCGUGAAAUUUGGCAACGAGCUUGGGAUCCACGAGAUUUUUUCUACAUUCCAAACCUGAUUAGUUGUCCUGUGCCGAAAUAUUUCGAACAUAGAACAAAUCUGACGAUUUCACUGAGUAAAACACCAUGUAAAAGUCAGAAAAUUUCGUCACGAGUACAAAUGCCACCGUCAAGACAAGAGAAAAGUGGAAUUGCUGUAUGCGUGAAGGGCUUAGACUACAUUGAGGAUAUGUCAGAACGUUUGGUUGAAUGGAUCGAGAUGCAAUUUAUCACUGGUGCUGAUACGAUCACAGUAUAUACUUAUUCUGUGCCACGUAAAAUGCAAGAAGUCUUAAAUUAUUACAUUAAGCAAGGAUCUGUCACUGUGAUACCAAUUAAUCUUCCCGGCGAGUCUCCAAAUCAAGCAUACAUCAGAAGUCAUUUCAUUCGGAGAAAUAGGCAACAGAAGCGUCGUCACGAGUUAAUUCCAUAUAAUGAUUGUCUAUACAGGCAUAUCUACACUCACAAGUUUGUUCUUAUGCUGGAUAUCGAUGAAGUCGUCAUACCAUUGAAGCAUGACAACUGGAGUGCUAUGUUGGAUGAUAUCAUUACUACCUUUCAUAACAAAAAUUUAAAAAUGACUGAAGUCACCUCAAUUUCUAUUCGAAAUGUUUUCAAAUUUCCAUCCGAUACCAACUCGUGGAAUCUGGUUGUUCCAUCUUAUAUGUAUAUGCUGCGGAAUAGACGUAAAUCAGAAACACUGAGCAAACCGGGUGAAUACGGAAAAGCUUUCAUCAAUACGAACACGGUUACUACUGUAUUCAAUCAUUUUGCAUUACAUCGUCAGCAUGCUGAUGUAGCCAAGACGUUAUACGCUGAACCAGAUAUGGCCAUUAAAUUGCACUACAAAGCUAAAUGUCCGAUCGAAUCGGGAAAACAGUGUGAACAAUUAGAACAUGUUACUAUAGAUGAUACAACAAUGGAUCGAUAUGCUGAGCAGUUAACUGGGCAGGUUACCAAAGUUCUCAGUGAUUUACACAUUAUUAAAUAA